CAUGGCCUCUCAGGCGAAGCGGAGGAGAGCGGACGGGCCGCCGGAUGGCCGGGAGGAGGCCGCCGUUGGGGAGGACUCUGAGGUGGGAGAGGAGGACGAUGAUGAUGACGACGACGAAGAGGAGGAGGAGGAAACAGAAGAAGAAGAGCUCGACGAGGAAGUGAAUGUUGAAUUUGAAGCACAUUCAAUAUCAGUUAAUGAUUAUAAUGGAAUUAAAAAAUUACUACAGCAGCUUUUUCUAAAGGCACCUGUUAACACAGCUGAGCUUACUGAUAUAUUGAUACAACAAAAUCACAUUGGGAGUGUUAUCAAGCAGGCUGAAGCUUUAGAAGAAAGUGAUGAUGAAGAUGAUGUUGAUGAGGUCUUUGGCUUUAUAAGCCUCUUAAACUUAACUGAGAGGAAGGGUACCCUGUGUGCUGAACAAAUUAAAGAGCUGAUCUUAAGCCAGUGUGAGAAGAACUGUGAGCAGAGUAUGGUUGAACAGCUGGAUAAGCUGCUAAGUGACACCAUCAAGCCUGUAGGCUUCCUGCUAAGUGAAAGAAUCAUUAAUGUACCUCCCCAGAUCGCUCUGCCCAUGCACCAGCAACUGCAGAAAGAACUGACAGAAGCACAAAGGACAAACAAACCUUGUGGAAAAUGCCACUUCUAUCUUCUUCUAAGCAAGACAUUCACUGAUGCAAAGAGUAAUGCUAGAAAAAAGGGAAGCAGUGCACAGAAGAAAGAGGAACUUAUGUUUUCGAAUGCUGAGGAAGAAUUCUUUUACGAAAAAUCACUUCUGAAGUUCAGUUACUCCAUACAAGAGGAGAGUGACAUGUGUUUGGGAGGCAGAUGGUCUUUUGAAGACACACCCAUGAAACCUAUGAGAACUGUGAUGGUAAUCCCUGCUGACAGGAUGAACAGCAUCAUGGAUAAACUCAAAGAAUAUCUUUCUGUCUGAACCACUA